ACAGCUUCUCCAAUCCACAGAUAUAUAGAGAGAGAAAGAAGAGAGAGAGAGUGUGUGUGUGUGUAUGUGCUGUCAUUAUGAACCAAAAGGAUCAUUGAAGUUGAAGUAGAUUCAGAUUGUUUGGAACCCAAAAGAAAAAAAAAAGAUAAAUCAGAAGAUGGGGUAGACAAAGUUGGAUUCUUUUUGGUCUUCUUUCCCAUAUAAAUAUUUUUUUCCCUUUUCUUUUUCUCCCCAGAGAUUAGCCAUGGCUCUUCCUCUGAAACCCUCUUGAACCAUUUCUAUUUGAAGCUCAAAACAACCAUCAGCCAGGGUGACAUAUUCUGAAGGUAGUUUGAUAUUCAAGAUAGUCUUGGGAAUUCUGAAGAUUCUGGGAGCUUCUUCACAUGAUGGUGACGUAAACUGAAGCAUUAGUAAAUCUUCUUUCUGUAUCAUUGUUAUGGGUAAAGAAUUCAAAAUUUUGAAGUUGAUAGGCUCAAUAUUUCUAUGUGAUUUUAAGUGUCUUUCCGGUACACAUUAUAGCAUUAAUAUGCUUUGAUUAGACGACCCAGAAUGAAGAAACAUCCUUAUAAUCCCAUGGAACCUAGAAAUGAGGAAUUCCAUCCUCCAUCACAGUCAGUCCUGCAAGACCUUCGUGAUGGCAUGCAUAUCAAUGCACGACCUCCUGCAUUUAAUAUGUCAGAAAAUAAGCCUGUACUUAAUUACUCCAUACAGACUGGUGAGGAAUUUGCUCUUGAGUUCAUGAGAGAUAGGGUGAAUCUCAGGAAGCCUUCCUUUCCAAAUGUUGUGGGUGAUCCCAAUUAUUCAACAGGCUAUAUGGAAUUGAAAGGCAUUUUAGGCCACACAGGAUCUGAGAGUGGAUCAGAUAUCUCUGUGCUUGCAAAGGUUGAAAAAGGUCCCAAAGAGUUUGACAGAAGGAACUCUUCUUUACCCCAGGACAGAAGUAAUUAUGGUUCAGCUCGAUCAAUUCCUAGAACAUCAUCUAAUCAAGACAAGAACCGAGUCCUUCAUGGUACUGCCUCUUCUGGAUCAUCUGAAAGCUCAUCAAUGAAGAUGAAGGUUCUAUGCAGCUUUGGUGGUAGAAUAUUGCCACGGCCUAGUGAUGGAAAGCUUAGAUAUGCUGGGGGAGAAACGCGUAUUAUUAGUAUAAGAAGGAAUAUACGUUUUCAGGAGCUUAUGCAGAAAACAUCAUCAAUCUAUAAUGAAGCUCAUGUGAUAAAGUAUCAGCUCCCUGGAGAAGAUCUUGAUGCCUUAGUUUCAGUAUCUUCUGAUGAGGAUCUGCGAAAUAUGAUGGAGGAAUGUCAUGAUCUACAAAGUGGAAGAGGAUCACUAAAGCUUAGGAUAUUUCUGUUCUCUAUGAAUGAUUUGGAUGAUACUCAGUUUGGUCUAGGUAGCAUUGAUGGUGAUUCUGAAAUCGAGUAUGUAGUUGCAGUUAACGGCAUGGACAUGGGAUCCAGAAACAACUCAAUACUUCAUGGUGCAAGCAGCUCUACAAAUAACAUGCAUGAAAUGGAUGGACAAAAUAUUGAGAGGGAGACCAACAGAGUUCUGGUAGACUCAUUUGGUGUCAGCGGUUCUUCCUUGACUGGCAAUGUUAAAUCAUCAUUGACAAUUCAGUCUUCACAACCAAUGCUAUCAACCUCCUCUAAUGCUUAUGAAACCUAUCCAUCAUUGUUUUAUGAUGACCAGAUCAUUCACCAUGGGGAAACUAGUCAAUAUCCACUUCAGCAUGGUCUUGAUCCUUCUAAUAACUCUGCUCGAAAUCUUGGAGAGAUUCCAGUUUCUGUUCCGACCCAUGGUCUUGUUAACCAAGGAACCAUGAAUAAUGGGCAAGCAUCUAGUGAGUUUCAGGUACAAAUUUCAGAUAUGCCAGUGACCAUGGUUAAAAGAAAGGGUGAUAAUUUCGUUCAUACAGGAAAUGACCCAGGAAAGGUUUUCCCCUUAGAAGCACCAUAUCCUAUUCCUUUGCAGCCAUUUGAGGGCAAUUUGCAAGGUAAUUUAUCAGAGGCAUCGUCAACAGCUGCUAUACUAGAAGGGAAUCAGCCUGCACUGCCAUCAAAGAACAAGGUUAAGCACCAGCCUUUUGAAGAAGCCACUUCAUUGGUUAGUCCUAUGAAUCCCACACAGACUCCUAAAUCUGGUGAAGAUAACUUCUAUCCACCAUCCACUGAUGCAUCCAGCCACGUUCAUGUUGAUUCUGAGUCCAGUGUGAUUGAUUUCAGUUGCCUUGAACCACCUCCACUUCCCAACAGAGUUUAUUUUUCAGAGAGAAUUCCUAGGGAGCAGGCAGAUUUGCUGAACCGAUCUACAAAGUCAGAUGAUGCUCAUGGUUCUCACUUACUCAUGUCAGAUUUACUUUCUGACUUAAACCAGAAGAAUUCAGUUACAGAAUCCAGUGACAUAUUGCACAAUGGGAAUCUGUCAAAUCUGAACACUGUGUCCAGCUCAGCAGCAAUGCCCUUGCAUGCAGAUGGCCAUUCAAUUGAUGAAGAAUUUUCCCAGCUACAGAAGUACAGACAGUUGCCUGAUGCAACAAGUCAGAUGAAGCGGGUAUUGACAGAUAAUAAAGUUUCUAGAAAUGAGGAUCAGGUCCUUAGUUCUGAAAGUGAAGCCAAUCGCUCCAAAAGCAACCAUAAUAUUAUCCUAGUUGAUGAAACCAAAGAACAUCUUGCACCUCAUCAGGUUCCUCCUGUUGAGCUCAAUCAGAAUCUAGCAUCUAAACUUCCAGACCUCAAUUUGGGUGAGGUAUCAACCAGAGAAUCCAAUAACGAUACUCAGGUACAAGCUCAGCCUUUUCCUUUAGUUGGAAACAUGGGCCAAGAUGUUUCUCAAGACUUUCCCCCGGAUGUUAAAUCCAGACCUGCUCAGGGUGACAUUCUGAUUGAUAUUGAGGACAGGUUUCCCCGUGAUUUCCUUUAUGAUAUGUUCUCCAAAGCUGCACUUUCUGAAGAUUCAUCAAAUAGUGGUCCCUUACCAACAGAUAGAGCAGGUUUGAGCUUAAACAUGGACAAUCAUGAGCCUAAACGUUGGUCAUAUUUUCAGAAGUUCCAUGAGGGGUUUGAUAAUGUUUCUCUAAUUGAUCAGGAUAAUCUUGGUUUUUCAUCUGCUGUAAGAAAAGUACAAGUGGGGGAUAGUAAAUCUCAGCAAUCUGCUCCUCUACCAGCAGACAGUGUUUUGGCAGGACCAAAGGAAUCCCAACUAAAUUUUGGUGAAGAAAAUCAGAAAAAUGUACCUGUAACAACUAAAUCAGAAGCCACUGUUAUUCUCCAACAACAUGAUCAUUCCCAAGUAAAGGGCAAUGACAGUAAGAAUAACGAUGCCACAAUGGAAAACAUAAGACCACAGGAGCCUGAAUAUCAGGAUGGAAAGAAUGAAACAAGGAAUGUGGGUGUAGCCAGGGAAUUUGACAUCAGUACUCUGCAGUUCAUAAAGAAUGAAGAUCUUGAAGAGCUGAAAGAACUUGGUUCUGGUACCUUUGGGACGGUGUACCAUGGAAAAUGGAGGGGAUCAGAUGUUGCAAUAAAAAGAAUAAAGAAAAGCUGCUUUGCAGGUCGAUCGUCUGAGCAAGAGAGACUGACCAUAGAGUUCUGGCGGGAAGCUGACAUACUUUCCAAGCUUCACCAUCCAAAUGUGGUGGCAUUUUAUGGUGUAGUUAAAGAUGGACCAGGAGCAACUUUAGCCACUGUUACAGAGUACAUGGUGGAUGGUUCUCUUAGGCAGGUUUUACUUCGUAAGGAUAGGUAUCUUGAUCGCCGCAAGAGGCUGAUAAUUGCCACGGAUGCAGCUUUUGGAAUGGAAUAUUUACACUCAAAAAAUAUUGUGCAUUUUGACUUGAAAUGCGAUAAUUUGCUUGUGAACUUAAAGGAUUCUAUACGGCCAAUAUGCAAGGUUGGCGAUUUUGGUCUAUCAAAAAUUAAGCGAAAUACCCUGGUGUCUGGUGGUGUGCGUGGAACUCUACCUUGGAUGGCACCAGAGCUGCUAAAUGGUAGCAGCAAUAAGGUUUCAGAAAAGGUUGAUGUGUUCUCUUUUGGCAUUGUACUAUGGGAGAUUCUUACUGGUGAAGAGCCAUAUGCUAAUAUGCACUAUGGUGCAAUCAUAGGAGGUAUUGUGAAUAACACAUUAAGACCUACAAUUCCUAGUUAUUGUGAUCUAGAAUGGAAAACACUAAUGGAACAGUGUUGGGCACCUAAUCCUUCAGUAAGGCCAUCCUUCACUGAAAUUGCUCGUCGUUUGCGUGUGAUGUCUGCAGCCGCCAGUCAGACCAAAGGACAAGGCCACAAGGCAUCUAAAUGAAAAUAAAAAGAUUUGAUAUAUGGUUCAUUCAAUUAUGCUCCAAAAAAUCUGUGUUACUGUUAUAUAAGGGCCAACAAUAGUUGUAUGUAUUGUAUUUUUCUGGUCACUCCACCUGCUCUUUCUGUUGCUGAUUGUAUAUAUGCCAAUGUGUGUGAAUUCAGGUAAAUGGAAUUGUGCAAUGGACUUGCAUUAUAAUGCUAUUUCCAUAGUGAAUUUUGUUCCACUUUUUACUUUCUCAGGAUAAGUAGUUUAGAUAUUAUUACAGAAUACAUCUCUAAAGAUGCUGAAGAGUGAAGAAAACAACUUAAAGAAGCUUUCAUCAUCCAUUUCAACACACAUGGCUACAUGGAUGGUGACCUAAGCCUAGUGUCAUGGAGUGGUGCACAUGCUCCAGCAUGACACUUCUCAGCUGGUCAUUAGAAUUGCAUUUUAUUUCAUCAGCAUUCUUUGUGCUUGUAAUCUAUAUAUCUAUCUAUAUUAUUACUGCUUUUUUAAUAUUUACCCAAAGACGUAUAAUAAGCUUCUACGUACAAUAAAUUUUUGUUGAAAAUCAGGAAAUAUUAAAAAUUUUAUGUAUUUGUAACUUUAAAUGCUAUAAUUUUUAAUAAAAUUUUGUAUUUAUUCUUU